ACGAUAAAUGUACAACUUGAACAAAGAAAAAAACUAAAAAUAAAAUGAAAAGACUAAAAAAUGAUCCUAAAUAAAUUAACGUUAUCUAUGUAAAUUUUAUAUUGAUUAAUUACAAGCGUCAGAAUGGGUAAAGAACCGCCGAAACCACCUCCCAUCCCAGGCUAUAUCAAUUUCCUGAUCGGUGGGUCCAGCGGUAUGAUGGCUAUAUGCGUGGUCCAGCCUUUUGAUUUGGUAAAAACCCGAAUGCAGUUGCAAGGGAAAGCUGCCAAGAAGGAAACCUUGUACAGUGUUGGCAAGGAGAUCAUAAGAUGCGAGGGUUACCGCGGCUUUUACACUGGACUGUCUGCAGCCCUGUUCCGACAAGCCACCUACACCACGGCCAGACUCGGCAGCUUCAAUGUUUUGACUGAUUACUAUACUCCGUCAUACGGCGUGCCAACCUUUGGCGCGAAGUUGAUGCUUGGUGUGCUGGCUGGUGCUAUUGGUGCGACCAUCGGGAACCCUGCAGAGGUAGCCCUGAUCCGCAUGACGGCAGACGGUCGACUACCAAAAGCACGAAGGCGGAACUAUAAACAUAUAUUCAACGCGCUCGGCAGAAUUGCUUCCGAGGAAGGUGUUUUGGCUUUGUGGCGAGGCGUCGCAGCCACCGUGACAAGAGCUAUGGUGGUGAACGGUGCUCAGCUCGGCACAUAUACGCAGGCCAGAGAGAUGCUGUUGCCGUCCCUGGGUGACGGCAUGUUCCUCCACUUCUGCUCCUCAAUGAUCUCCGGGCUGGUCACCACCUGGGCCUCGUUGCCUGUGGACAUUGUUAAGACCAGAGUUCAAAACUCCACGUCAGGCGAGGGUCAAUUGAAAGUUUUCGCGAACGUGAUCCGAAACGAGGGGCUCCUUGCCUUGUGGAGUGGCUUCCUCCCUACCUUCGGCAAGCUGGGUCCCCACACUGUCUUCACCUUCAUCUUUAUGGAACAGCUGAUAGCUCUGUAUCGCAAACUGAACCCACCACCGCCACCGAAAAAAUAAAGAUGCCUUUAAAAAAAAAAACUUCGAAACGUGAAAAAUGCCCGUGUCACAUUUUAAAAUGUCGGACUGACACGAGUGAUUUUAUAUACCUAGGUUCUGUUUUAUCCUUUUGAUGUACGGGACCCUAAAAAUCAGUUAAUAUAGUUUCCAUGCAUUUGCGUUGUACUUAUCCUGUGGGUGUUAUAGUGGAGUUACUCCUUUUUAUUCAAAGGCACAAUGAAAUAUGUUAAGUUUGAAAUAUUCCCGAACUAUAAUUUAUAAUUCCGUUUUUAAAGGAAAACAAUAUGUUUGGGCGGUACGAACUUUUAGUUAACUUGUGCGAAAUCUUGAAAUUUGUUACAAGAAGAGUAAGUCUACUAUAGCACAGACAUAAAUACCUACAGGAAUAUAGUUAUGUAAUAUCUCGCUUCUUUGUAUUUUUUGUUAUUUUUGAAAAUGCCAAGUAUCCAGUAAAUCAAUGUGAUUUUUAUUAAUUUUAAGUUUUACAAUUUUUUUAUGAUAAAUUAAAUAUCAUAUUUGAAAAAUGUGUAAUAAUGUAAAUGUUUUGGACAGCUUGUAUAUGAAAGUAAAAAUUCAAUAAAAAUUGAAAAAUAAAAUAUUUUACAAAAGUGAAA